GCAGCCUAUUUCCUGUACCAGGAGAAGCAGGAGUGCCAUUUCCUCAACGGGACGCGGCGGGUGCGAUACCUGGACAGGGUCUUCUACGACCGGCAGGAGUUUCUCCGCUUCGACAGCGCCCGCGGGGAGUUCGAGGCCGUCACGGCGUUGGGGAAGGCGGAUGCGGAGGAUUUCAACAGGGAUAAGCACGAGCUGCAGUACCAGAAGACCGGAGUGGAUCGCUUCUGCCGAUACAACUACGAGGUUGCCCAGAGCGCUUCCGUGCUUGGCCGGAGAG